AUGGAGCUGGCCACUACAUUUUUGUUGCCAUUUAACAGACUGAAAAGACUUCCUGAAAAUAUUGAUGCACUGCGUAACUUGCGUUAUGUGGAUAUGAGAAGUAACGUAAUGACAUCUAUUCCACCUAUUUUCUUCAACAAUCAAUGCCUGGAAUAUGUAAGUCUGUAACUAAGCUUUUGUUAGCAUGUUUUAUCUGGUGUCCAUAACUUGAUUACCCAUGCCUGCAUCUCAUGUAGAAACAAAUUUCAUUACCAUGAAGCAGUUUUCAAGGAUAAACCUUAAAAUCUUAUAUUUGAUUGAAUUUGGUUUUGUAUAAAAUUACUGUUGCAAAAAUAUUUUAAGAAAAAUAAAUUAACACAAAGAUUUGGACUAAUAUAAAUCAAAAGUAUGAUAAAAUAAUUCUUUUAAAUAUUUAUAAUUUAAUUUUGUUAAAUGAAAGAAAUGAAUUACUAACAGAAAUACAAGAAAGAAUAUCAGCCGGAAACAGGGCAUAUUUCAGUAGUCAGAAAAUACUCAAAAGUAAAAACAUUACAAGAGAAACAAAGAAAACUAUUUAUAAAACUGUGAUCAGACCAGUUGUAACAUAUGCAAGUGAAACUUGGACCCUAAAAAAAAACAGCAGAAAACCUAUUAAACACAAGGGAGAGGAAAGUUCUCAGGAAAAUAUAUGGGCCAACAAAGGAUGAAUAUGGAUGGAGAAUACAAACCAACCAGGAGUUAUACAGUCUAUAUCAGGAUCCAAUGAUAUUGGCAGAAAUAAAAAGAGGCAGGCUACGCUGGGCAGGACACCUAGAGAGAAUGCUAAAUGACAGAGGAACGAAGAGGGUGCAUCACCAAUACCCCAGAGGAAAAAGGCUCAAAGGCAGACCUAGGCUUAGAUGGAUAGAUGAUAUAGAAAAAGAUCUACAGCGGCUGAAAGUCCAAGCAUGGAAAAGAAAGGCAUUAGUUAGGUCUGAGUAGAAGGAAGUGGUGAGGCAGGCCAAAGCCCUACAUGGGCUGUAGCGCCACAGGGAUGGAUGGAUUGAUUUAUAAUUUAGACUUAGCAUUGUUUAACUCUCCAUCUUGUAGUAGAUUUCAUCAUUCAAUCACAGCGUUUUACAGGCACUAUCAUUUCACAGGUCGAUUGUUCAAACAACAUGAUCAAAGUAAUCCCACCUACCAUUAAAAAAUGCUUGUGGCUUCACACAUUCAUUGCAGUCGAUAACAAGCUCAGAACAUUACCUGC